AUGGCGGCCAACGUAAUGUUUGGUCAGUUGGGUAGAAGAAGAGCGGAUAGGGUUUUUAGAGAACGUUUUUCUGUACAAAACAUAAGUGAAGAGGAAAUUCGGCGGCGGUAUCGAUUUGAAAAGGAAUCAAUAAAACAAAUCGUGGAUUUACUUGACCCAAUAAUCGGCCAUAGGACUAGAAGGUCGCAGGCAUUAUCAACAGAAUUACAGGUCCUCAUUUCUUUGCGAUAUUACGCUAGUGGGAGUUUUCUUGAAGUCGUCGGAGAUACUGUUGGAGUGAACAAGUCAACUGUUUCGAGAGUUGUCCGUAAAGUUUCCAGAGCCCUUGUUUCCCUGGCUCACCGGUUUAUCAGAUGGCCUGCCGAUGACGAACUUACCAUCAUCAAAAACGAAUUCUUCAAUUUAGCUGGAUUCCCGGGUGUCAUAGGGUGCAUAGAUGGCACCCAUGUACGAAUCCAAGCCCCCUCUCAAAAUGAACCAGCGUACGUUAAUAGGAAAGGCUUCCACUCAGUAAAUGUACAGGCGAUUUGUGAUUAUACAGGCAGAUUUACCAACAUCGUAGCUAGAUGGCCCGGAAGUACACAUGACAGUCAUAUAUUCCGUAUGUCAGGAAUAAGACAAACUAUAGAAGAGAAGUUUCACUCGAUUAAGGAUGGGGUUGUUCUUGGUGACAGCGGUUACGCAUGUAAACCUUAUCUUAUGACCCCGUAUCUGAGACCAUCGACACCAGCACAGGAACGCUUUAACUCGGCCCAUUCGAAGACCAGGGUGACCAUUGAGCGUGCAUUUGGUUGGUGGAAGAGGCGUUUUCACGUCCUCCAUACUGAAAUACGGAUGACACCGGAGAGGGUCUGCACAGUCAUAGGAGCAUGUGCUGUACUUCACAAUCUUGCUAUUUUAUUCCGGGAGCCACUUGCAGACGAAGAUCAAGACUUGGACGUCGAUGGAAAUAUUCAAGGGCAGUACAAAGGACCCGAGGAUGGGAAAAACAUAAGAAAUUAUAUCACACAACAUUAUUUUUAA